AUGAUACAAACAGCAGAAAAAAAAAAGUGGGUAGAUAUUGAUGUAGAUGAUGACGAGUCUUUAAACGACAAUGAAAAUAAAAAAAAAUGGGAAGAUAUAGAUGCGGAUGACGAUAUAGAGAACAAUAAAAAGUUGUCCUAUUUUACAAACUACGAAAAUGGUAUUAAAGUUGUUACCAAGUACUCCGAAAAUUUAAAAAAGCAAACAGUUAAAGUCACAAAGAAAAUUAAAGAAGUUGUAAUAAAAAAGAGACUCAAUAAAGAAAUUAAUAAUCGCCUUAACUUAAAAAAUUUUAACAUCGAUAGUUGCAGUUCAGUCAUAGUUGAACCAACAGAUGUUGUAAAUAUAGAAGUCCCAAAAAAUAAUUUGCAUGACUUUUUUAAAGGCACAGAAUAUGAUUACUUAUUCGCAGAGCAAACUGAUAAAACAGCUAAAGACUUAAGGAACAGAUUUAAAAUCAUUAAGGAUGAAGAGGCGGAGGAAGCUAAACCAGAGGAUGCCAGCAAAGCUGCAGCCAGGAAAGACGUGCCUUUCUAUCGUACACAUGAUACUCAAAAUAAAGAAUGCACCAUUCGUGUAACGAACUUAAGUGAAGACGUCAAUGAAAGCGAAUUGUCUACCUUAUUUGGAAGAGUAGGGAGCAUAGUCCGAAUGUUUUUGGCGAAGCAUAAGGAAACAAAAAAUUCGAAGGGAUUUGCAUUUAUUACUUAUUCAAAUAGAGAAGAAGCAAAGAGGGCAAUUGAAAAAUUGAACAGACAUGGUUUUGAGAAUUUGCUCUUAAGCGUGGAAUGGGCCAAGCCAUCCAACAGAUAA